AUGUAUGGACAUCAAGAAGAUAAAGAUCGUAAACCUUUCGUAAUGUAUGCGCCUCAACCGGCUUAUUUUUCCACUUCUCGUUCGUCGCCAGUUCCUGGAAAACAAAACCCUCAAACACAACAAAAUACAUAUACUAGUUAUUUGGGAGUUAAUCAUGCAGCAGCACAAAUGGGACUUCAAGUGGGUCGAAGUGCUGUUAUGGCAGGCCAAGAAUAUGUGGAACGGAAUGUGGGUCGUUUUAUAUCAAUGGAUAUGCUUCGUUAUUAUUUUAAUGUUUCGAAUUAUUAUGUAAUCAGUAAAAUAAGCGUAGUUCUUUUUCCAUGGAGGCACAAGUGUUGGAGUCGUCUUACUCGACAUUCAGAAGUGAAUGAGGCGGUUGUAGAAGGAUAUAGGUCACCGAGGGAGGAUAUUAAUUCACCCGAUAUGUAUAUUCCGGUUAUGGCAUUUGUUACAUAUGUUUUAUUGUCGUCUUUAUUGGCAGGUUUUAAAGGAGAUUUUCAUCCAGAAUUAUUGGGUACAACGGCAUUAAUGGCAUUGAUAGUUGUUACUUUUGAAAUUUUGGCGAUCAAAUUUGGAUGUUAUAUCUUAAGCAUUUAUAACCAAACUCAGCUUCUUGAUCUUGUAGCAUACAGUGGAUAUAAAUUUAUUGGAAUAAUUGUUAUCAUGCUAUCAAGCAUAUUUCAUAAUUUAAUAUUAACUUAUUCUGUUUUUUUUUAUACGUUUAUUUCAAUUGCUUUCUUUUUGUUGCGCUCAUUAAGAUACAUUGUUCUUCCUGAAUCAAAUAUUUCUUUAAAUGCUACAAUGAGUUUGUCUCAAAGACGUAAGAGAAUAUAUUUUCUUUUUGGAAUUUCAAUGGCUCAGAUAUUAUUUAUGUUUAUACUUACCUGA